UUUGCGAGCGGUUUAAGGCCACAAAACAAAAAAAAACCAAAAAAAAAACAGAAAAACAGAAAAACAAAAGAAAAAGCAAAAACCAAAAGACACUUUCAGCAGAUCAGCUGAAAAUUACGGAAUUGCCAAAACUGAACUGCACUGAAUAAAUAAAUAAAUCAAAGAAUUUUCUAUUUGUAUAUAAACACACGGAACGGUGCAACGUGCAUUUCAUAUCCUAAAAAAAAAAACAUAAUAUAUAUAAAAGAUAUAAGCCGUAAAAAAAACACUAUCUAAUUAAAAAUUAAUAAAACAUUUUCUGGCUGGGCAAACUCUAGACUUUUGUAGCUGUAAUUUUAGUCAAAUUUUAAGCGUGUUCAAUUUUGUUUUGAUACUCACAAUUUCAACGUGAAACAGACAAUAACGGCAAACGGAUAUAUAGGCUAUAUUCGACCAAAAGUAUAUAGACAGAAUCCCGAUAUAUAUAUACACAGCGAAUACGGUAAACUGGGCUAUUUUCAUAUUGCGAGAUGACGACGCGCGGCAUACGGCGUAAAAAGUCAACGUUGACAGAGUUGAAAAUCGCAGUUAUUGGCGCGCCCAGUGUUGGAAAGAGCGCCUUAAUUGUGCGUUUUCUAACAAAGCGUUAUAUAGGCGAAUACGAUCAUCAGACUGAGAAUCGCUACAAGCACGAGUCCAUGGUGGAUGGUGAGCCGGUGCUCUUCGAAAUACUCGACACAUGUCCCAAGGCCGAAGAUGAAUAUCCCAAUGCUGCCGAACUGAUACAGUGGGCCGAUGGCCUGCUGCUCGUCUAUUCCAUAACCGAUCGCAAGAGUUUCAACUAUAUACGCCGUGCCAAAUCCGAUCUGCAAUCGGAUACGCCCGUUCAGCUGUGCGCCAACAAGGUGGACAUGGUGCAUUUGCGUCAGGUCAGCCGCGACGAAGGCGAAAUACUGGCCAAAGACUUUGAGUGCAAGUUCAGUGAGGUCUCCGCCGCGGAUCAUGUCGACCAGGUCGCCGAGGUGUUCAAUGACCUGUGCAAGGAGGUGCUCGCCUGCAAGCGCAAGUCCAAGCAGAGCCUACUGGAGCGCAUGCUCGGCGGCACCAGGCCCUACAGCAGAGGAAAGAGCGAUAGCAAUUUGCCAAAAGACUGAUAUCAACAU